UACAGAUACUUUCAGCUCCCAUACUCGUAUACCCAGCAUUCAGAUCAGACCUUGUUUUUCGAUCCACACAAAAAAUGGCCGUUUUGAAACUCAACUCCUUCCACACCAGGUUCUUUCCAUCCGCCAGAUUACGUUGCAAGGAGUUGGCGCGGCGGUGGUACUUGCUGCAGGUCAGGCAGCAGCGACAGCAGCGCAGUGAGCCCACAGUUCCGGCCAUCUCGCAAUCCUUGCAGCCCAUUAGCAGCAGGGAGCUGCUAUCGAAGCAUGUGAUCGGUGGCUUCCGACUGCAGGUCCACCGAAAUUCCUUCACGCAGAGGCUGGAGAUCACGGCCACAUUGGCCAAUCCCACGGUUCCGCCGGACACGGAUCCCGCUCCGGAGGAUGAGCAGCUUUACGAACUGUGCAUUUGCAGUAGCCGGGGUCAAUUGGUGCGCAGGAUGCCCUUCCUGGAGAGCGACUACCGACGUGCAGCCCGCUCGGCCAUCGAUUGCCUGGCCAUCUAGAUAUUUCUGCGAGCGUUUUGCAAUUUUGAAAUCCCUCUUAUUGUGUAUUCCCUUUGACAUGGAGAUGGGGAGCAUUUUUCAUCCUGCGAACGG